AUGGGGAAGGACCAGGAGCUGCUGGAAGCUGCUCGAACUGGAAAUGUGGCUCUGGUGGAGAAACUCCUGUCUGGCAGGAAAGGAGGGAUCCUGGGCGGUGGAUCCGGACCCCUGCCCCUGUCUAAUCUGCUAAGCAUCUGGCGAGGCCCCAAUGUGAACUGCACAGACAGUUCGGGUUACACUGCUUUACACCAUGCAGCCUUAAAUGGACAUAAGGACAUAGUUCUCAAACUACUUCAAUAUGAGGCAUCAACAAAUGUAGCAGAUAAUAAAGGUUAUUUUCCUAUUCACCUGGCUGCCUGGAAAGGAGAUGUGGAAAUUGUGAAGAUUCUUAUUCACCAUGGACCAUCACAUUCCAGAGUCAAUGAACAGAACAAUGAAAACGAAACUGCGCUGCACUGCGCCGCUCAGUAUGGACACUCAGAAGUAGUUGCUGUGCUCCUGGAGGAACUCACCGACCCUACAAUCAGGAACAGCAAGCUAGAAACACCUUUGGACCUGGCAGCACUCUAUGGACGGCUUAGAGUGGUCAAAAUGAUCGUCAGUGCUCACCCUAACUUAAUGAGCUGCAACACUCGCAAACACACCCCUCUACACCUCGCUGCACGCAAUGGGCACAAAGCAGUCGUACAGGUGCUGUUGGAAGCAGGGAUGGAUGUAAGCUGUCAGACAGAAAAGGGGAGUGCACUUCACGAAGCAGCCUUGUUUGGAAAGGUGGAUGUUGUGCGUGUUCUGUUAGAGACAGGUAUUGAUGCCAACAUAAAGGAUAGCUUAGGCAGAACUGUCUUAGACAUUCUGAAAGAACAUCCAUCUCAGAAAUCUCUUCAGAUUGCAACACUCUUACAAGAAUAUUUAGAAGGCGUGGGCAGAUCAACAGUCUUUGAAGACCAUGUACAGGAAGAUACAACACAAGAAACACUCAUUUCAUCUCCUGUUGAGUCUCCUUCCCAAAAGACCAAAAGUGAAACGGUGACUGGAGAAUUAUCAAAACUCUUGGAUGAAAUAAAACUCUGCCAAGAAAAGGAUUAUUCUUUCGAAGAUUUGUGCCACACAAUAUCAGACCACUACCUAGAUAAUUUGAGCAAAAUUUCAGAGGAAGAACUUGGGAAAAAUGGAAGUCAGAGUGUAAGAACUUCAUCUACAAUAAAUUUGUCACCAGGAGAAGUGGAAGAAGAUGAUGAUGAUGAAAACACUUGUGGGCCUUCAGGACUUUGGGAAGCAUUAACUCCUUGUAAUGGAUGUAGGAACCUUGGUUUCCCCAUGCUUACACAGGAGUCCUAUCCAAAGAAGAGGAGUUACACUAUGGAAAUUGUACCAUCUGCUUCUCUUGAUACAUUUCCUUCCGAAAACGAGAACUUCCUAUGUGACCUCACGGACACCGCAGUUACAAAGAAACCUUGCUCCUUGGAAAUCGCAAGAGCACCUUCCUCAAGAACUGGUAAUAUUUCUUACUCACAACUGGACCAAUUGAAUUUGCAUGCUUGUAUAUGUGAAGAU